GAUGUCUCUCCAUAUGAGUCCUGUUUGUGAAGAGUCCACCAAAACGUGUGUUUUAUUACGGUUUCAAACUUUUCACGUGUUUUCCAUUCAAUGUCUUCACAACACGUCUAGUGUUGAGACAAAUCACUGUUAGUUGAAGACAUCGAUUGCAUCGAAAUUAUGGCCAAAUCCAAGAAAAAAUUGGCUAAAAAUAAGACGAAAGAGAGAAAUGACGAGAAAAGUGAUGCCAAACAUGUGGUCAACAAAUCCAUGGAUUCUGAAGAGUCUGAUGACGAAUACGACGAGGAGUCUGAAGAGGAAGUAUCCGAAGAGGAAUUGGAUAAUGAGAGCAAUUCUAGUGAUGUGUCGGACCAGGCAUCAGAUGAGGGCAUAGAAGACAUGAAUGAGAAUAUCGACUUAAAAGAGUUGAGUGAAGACGAAGACAAUGACAUCCAAUCGGACGAUGACUUGGAACUGAUUGAGACUAAAGACAAACAAACGGAUGACAAGCAUAAAGACAGUGAGAAGAAAGACAUCAAUAAAAUUGAGAACAAAUUGAAGCCAAAGAAGAAGAGUAAAAAUGUGGCGAAAUAUGACGAAUAUGUGAUCGACUCGUCCGACGAAGAGGACUUGAGGAAUACGAUCGGAAACAUACCCUACGAGUGGUAUAACGACUUCGAGCACAUCGGGUAUGACUUAAGCGGAAAGAAGUUAAUAAAACCUCCAAAAGUGGAUGAAAUGCAAGAGUUUCUCAACAAAAUGGAAGAUCCGAUGUAUUGGCGAACAGUGAAGGAUCGGAUGACGGGUCAGAAUGUGAUCCUAACGGACAAUGACGUGGAGAGCAUCCAGAGGGCCAGAAAAGGCAAAUUCCCGGACCCGGGAUAUAACCCAUACGAGCCGUUCAUCGACUUCUUCACGUAUGAGAAGCUCAUACAUCCCGUCACUAACAGACCGGAACCGAAGGCCAGUUUCAUCCCAUCGUUGUCUGAGAAGCGAAAGAUCAGCAAAUUGGUGGCCGCCAUC